AUGGGAAAAGAGCCACCGAGCUGUGCGCGAGGCCAUCCAGAUGCACGACUGGACGACUCCGAGGAAAAAGAUGGGUUAAACCAGACCGCGACGAGUGCUGCGAGUCUGGACCCAAAGAGGGUCGGGCGAUGCUCCAUUCUCGAGCUCUUGUCGGGUCACAAGUUCACAAGUCACGGGUCACCAACGUCCAGAAAUGCGAACACGGGAAGGUACCGAGAGUUCUCUAUGGUUCUCUCCUCCACCUGCACCGAACAGCUCACAGCUGAGGGAACUCACCCUUUUCCACACGGCUCUGCGUAG